AGCCGGAUCCAGCGGACAAGGUCCCGGACGGGAAAGCGCCGGCCCGGACCAGCCUUGGCCGCGCGCUCGCGCCUCCCUCCCCCCUCCGUGCCUGCCGCCAUGUGGGCCGCCCUGAGGUUAACAAGCCUGCGGCCUUGCGCCCGCGCCGCCGCCCCCCGUCUGCGAGCCUACCACGGGGACUCGGUGGCCACGCUGGGCUCCCAGCCGGAUUCGGGUUCUGCCAUCUACCAGGAAAACUAUGAACAGAUGCAAGCACUAGUAAAUCAACUUCACGAGCGAGCACAGCAUAUAAGACUGGGAGGUGGUGAGAGAGCCCGAACCCUGCACCUAUCAAGAGGAAAACUGUUACCCAGACAAAGGGUCGACAAUCUUAUAGACCCAGGGUCUCCAUUUCUGGAAUUGUGCCAGUUUGCAGGCUACCAGUUAUAUGGUAAGGAGGAGGUCCCCGCUGGCGGCAUCGUCGCAGGCAUUGGCCGCGUGUCCGGAGUAGAAUGCAUGAUUGUUGCCAAUGAUGCCACUGUGAAGGGCGGCACCUACUAUCCAGUGACGGUGAAAAAACAUCUCCGGGCACAAGAAGUUGCGAUGCAAAACCAGCUCACAUGCAUCUACUUGGUUGACUCGGGAGGGGCAAACCUACCCUGGCAAGCAGACAUAUUUCCAGAUCGGGAUCACUUUGGGCGCAUAUUCUACAAUCAAGCAAUUAUGUCUUCUCAAAAUAUCGCACAGAUAGCAGUGGUGAUGGGCUCCUGCACCGCCGGAGGGGCUUACGUGCCUGCAAUGGCAGAUGAAAACAUCAUUGUCCGCAGGCAGGGGACCAUUUUCUUGGGAGGACCUCCCUUGGUUAAGGCAGCCACGGGAGAAGAGGUGUCGGCCGAGGACCUUGGCGGUGCUGAUCUUCACUGCAGACAGUCUGGAGUGUCUGACUACUAUGCCUUGGAUGACCUGCAUGCCCUUCACUUGACCAGGAAGGUGGUGAGGAGUCUCAACUAUCAGAAGACCUUGGAUGUCACCAUUGAACCGUCUGAAGACCCAUUGUUUCCUGCUGAUGAAUUAUAUGGAAUUGUGGGUACUAACCUGAAGAGGAACUUUGAUGUUCGAGAGGUCAUUGCUAGAAUCGUGGAUGGAAGCAGAUUCAAUGAGUUCAAGGCCUUGUAUGGAGACACAUUAGUCACAGGAUUUGCUAGAAUAUUUGGAUAUCCAAUAGGGAUCAUUGGAAACAACGGUGUUCUCUUUUCUGAGUCUGCAAAAAAGGGAGCUCACUUCAUCCAGUUAUGCUGCCAAAGAAAUAUUCCUCUGCUGUUCCUUCAAAACAUUACUGGGUUUAUGGUUGGCAAAGACUAUGAAGCUGGAGGAAUUGCCAAGGAUGGUGCCAAGAUGGUGGCUGCUGUAGCCUGUGCCAACGUGCCUAAAAUCACAGUCAUCAUUGGGGGAUCGUAUGGAGCUGGAAACUAUGGGAUGUGUGGCAGAGCAUAUAGUCCAAGAUUUCUUUACCUAUGGCCAAAUGCUCGGAUCUCCGUGAUGGGAGGAGAGCAGGCUGCAAAUGUGUUAGCAACAGUAGCAAAGGACCAGAAAGCCCGGGAAGGGAAACAGUUCUCCAGUGCUGACGAAGCAGCAAUCAAGGAGCCCAUCAUCAAGAAGUUCGAAGAGGAAGGAAACCCUUACUAUUCUAGUGCCAGGCUCUGGGAUGAUGGGAUUAUUGACCCAGCGGACACCAGAAUGGUCCUGGGUCUCAGCAUUAGCGCAGCCCUCAACGCCCCCAUCCAGAAGACCGAGUUCGGCACCUUUAGGAUGUAACUGGACUGAAGCUUUCUCGGUUGGACAUGCACCCAAAGUUACCAUAUUCAUAGCCUUAAACCUUUAGGACUUUUUGAACACGUGACUAUUUAAAUUGUUUUCUUACACCACACAUUGUACUUUUCUACUUCAAAAAAUGACUGAGGUUAUUGGUGAAGCUGAACUUAAAAUUAAAAAAAAUUUUAAGAGAAAGAUCUCUGUGUCCUCGUUUUAUCACCCACAGUGAAGAGCACGAAUAGUGUGCGGUUCUCCGUUGUGGUCCACAAAUCGUAUUGGAAAUCCCAGGUACUAUUGGGGUUGCGAACAGAGAGUUGUAUUUCCACUGCAAAGAGUACGUUGCUAAUUAUACAUGAUUUUAAUACACUGAUUUAUAAAAAGCCAUUUAUUGCUUCUCCCUCUGGCCGCCGUGCUGUUUUCUCCCCACCGUAGCCAAGCCUGUGUGCACUGUGAGCUCUGCUUCUGAACCGGUCCCCCCACCCCACCCCGCCCCUUCCUCUCCACUACCAACAGCUCGGCCUCGGUCCCAGUUGACCUUCCAGUUGCUGAAACCAGUGGGUUCUUUUCCAUAUUCAUCUGAUUUCACUCUCCGUAGCAGUCUUACUUUGUCUUUGAAAUGCUGUUCGCAGCUUCUAUGCCUUCACGCCGGGUUUUCUCAACCACAUGGGCCAUUCUUUGUUGGUUUUCUUUGCGGUUCUCUCCUAUCCUUAUGUUCCUCCUCCUCAUACGUGAUUUGGACUUGAUGGGGUUAGAGCUUCUUACAGAGUUCCACCUGAUUCCUCUGUCACAAACUCAUUGCCGUAUUUCUGUAACAGCACUGCCCUGCUAGCAGGUAAACUGUGAGGGCAAGGAUCCUCUUUCACCCUGUCGUUCCGUGCCUGGCACUGUGGAAUGCCCAUGUAUCUGUUGAAUGAAUGAAAAAUCCAUGUUGUAAUCGAUAUAUAUCGGACCUAGUUUUGUUUUUUUUAAUAAAUCAUUUUAUAGCCUCAUAGUUUGUAAAAUUAGGUCAUUGAUGAUAGUGUUUUCCUAAUAAAAUGAAUAUUUCAAAUA